AUGUGGGAAUUUGCUGCUCCAAAUGGCCUCUGCUCCUCAAUCACUGAAGCAAAGCAUAUCAAGGCUGUGAAAGAACCCUGGCGACGUUCAAGUCGUAAUGAGGCCCUCGGACAAAUGCUUCUGACUAAUGAAGCUCUCGACAAACUCGCUGCAUCACGGGUAGACUUCGCAAGUCGUGAGAUGCUCAAUAUGCCAUCUCUCGCUGCGUCCUUUGUUGCACUUUAUCCCACUGAGCCUCCACAAGUUGAUGAACCAAGUGCAGAUGAAUGGAUCAAUGAUGCGGUGCCUGUCCCUGGACCGACAGUACAUGCAUAUGUGACGAUGGCAAUUACCAAGCAGCAUAGACACUCUCAAAGGAUCGUGGGUCUUGCAGCUGAGAUCAAUCAACCCGAGCUUCCUGCUCUCGUUCGUCGGUUCCUCUACAAUGAAUUACACCCCCACAGUGAUCUUCAUGGGUCCAGAAUCUCUCUGGAUAGCUGCCCUCCGUUCAACGAGAAAAUUUUCGUCCACUACUCAGCUGCCGCUACAUUUUAUGCUCCAAGUGAUCCCUCUGGUAUUGGUGGUAUGCGUCGCAAACAUAUUAGAGCAACUCCGAGUUGGCGCAAGAAGGAGCCUCGGUUUGACUGCGUCUUUGUGAACAUGGAUCCCGCGAAGAACCGGCUGCACGUGCACAAACCUCUUGUUGCACGCAUCCUACUAUUUUUCUCUUUUUCAUAUCAUGCAAAGCGCUAUUUGUGUGCAUUGGUUCGAUGGUUUGAACCAGUUGGGGAUCAGCCAGAUGAAGACACUGGGAUGUGGAUGGUGAGACCGGCACUUCGAGAAGGUGAACCUUCGAUGGCAGUGAUUCGACUCGACCGUAUUUAUCGUGCAGCCCACCUGAUACCGGUCUUUGGGCGAAAGCCCAUACCAGAAGGUUUACAGGCAUACCACUCCCUUGACGCCUUCCAAACAUUCUACAUCAACAAAUUUGCCGAUCAUCAUGCUUUCGAACUGCUGAGUAGCAGGUGA